AGAGAGAGAUACAAAAGGACUAAGGAGUAGUAGGCAUACAUCGCACCACACAUAUACACCUUAAAGAUUUGGAACUUUGCAAGAAGCAUAUGGAUGACUUCACUUUCCCCACUCUCCAUGCAGGAGGGCAGUGCAAGCAGCUUCCAUUAGCAUUCCCUCACCAGCUCGGCCUCGGCUCCCCUCCGCCGUGGUUCGCUGCUGUUGUCGCCAGCAGCAGCGAUGGCGAGGAGCAGGACAAGAUGGACAUGCUGUGGGAGGACUUCAACGAGGAGCUCGCGAGCGCGCCGCCGCUGUGCCCGCUGAGCCCUCUGAUCAACAAGGGAGAGCCCAUGAUGAAGGAGGCGUGGCUCGACGACGUGAUCGGCGACAUCGUCGAUCCGGAGAAGCACGGCGGGCGCCUGCGCUUGCACGAUGGCAGGGUGGUCCGGCGCCGGAGAUGGAGCCUGCUGCUGAUGCUCAGGCUGCUCAAGAAGCUGUUCCUGGUCAAGAAAUCCAGGAACCCAAGAACUGCACCGAUCUAAUCCUGAUCAAUGGGCAUGGGCUACGUCCAAAAGAUCAGUGGCUGAUGAGUAAUAUAUACAAGUAUUUUGAUUGAUCGAUAGUGUGCUCGCGCGUGUGUAUAUUGAUGUAUACAAGCUUACUUGAUGUUUUUCUCACAAGGCAAAUAACCCAGUGUGUUCUUUUCUUUUUUUGCUGAAGAGUAUGUUCUUGUCAUCAAUAUAAUCCUAGCUACCUGUUCUUAAUUGAAUUCUGAUAAAUUAUAUUUUA